UAAAGUUCAAACUGUGAGUAUAAACCACAUGCACCAGUGAUAUGCAAGCAGAUUUGGCAUCCAUAUGUCAUUAUUAGUAUACAGAUGUUGAAGGCUGGUAGUGACAAAAACGUAGUAAUGCAUAUAUUUUAAAAAUAUCUUAAUCUUAUUUUAUUUUUGUAGACAGUCUUGUUAAAGAUGAAAAAAACCCUAAAAGACCAAUCUGAUGACCUUGUGUUUCUCAUGUGGUGCGUUGAGAGAAGAAUCUGUACAAACAUUCCAAACCACAUUAUUUCUUCCACACCUGGAUUGGUUCAUGCUGUCUUGCCUCAAAGCUCAUAUUUUGCCUUGAAACAUUAUUCACACACACACCACACACACACACACCACACACACAGUGUUGUAACCCUACCCCGUGUAAAAUUUGGUGUCAACAAUUAUAUCAGUUUAAAAAAAAAAAAAUAGGGAGUUUACGUUUUCACAAAUCUAACAUCUGGAGAAAUUAUCAAGUUCCUCGUAAGUGGUUUUGUUCUUAUUAGAUGCUGGAAAAAAAUGUCUGUCUUCUCCAAUUGAAUAGAACUGCAAAAAUAGAUAGCCUCCAAGUUACUAUGUCGCCCUUAAGCCUGGUCACAGAUAAUACCAAUGUUAAAAAAAAUGCAAAUGCAUUUGAAAUACUUAUAAAAAAAACAGAUGUACAGUAAAUUGUAAAAAUUGUCAAAUGACACUGAAUAUGGUGAAUUAGAACUUUCUUCUUCUACCAGGGGGCACUAGGACCUGCUGCACUCCGCAGUCCGACGGGGGCAUGCAGCCUUUCAGACUCUUCUGAGUUACUUUCUCAACAAUUUUCAAACAAGUGCAAGACCCAGAAAAGGACUGUUCAGGAUAAUGAGCAAAUCAUUUGAUAUUCCUUUUCUUUGCAUCCUCUGAAACUGCACACGAACUGGGAUAUACUUCAGUCGAUCCUCUGGAGCAUUCUGUCAAAAGACGAGAGCUUUGCUUGAGGGCUGAGGAGCAGAAGUGCCGGAUGGGGGUCACGGUUGGGCCUGAUGGCAGGAGCCCAGAGCUCAGUCGGCUCUAAUCACGUCCUCUGGAAGUGACUGCAGUUCACGCGGAGACACUGAAAAGGUUGUGAGCCCAUGAGGUCGUCCAUGCUGGUCCUGCUCCUCCUUUUCAGCGCGCAGGCUGUGGCCGCCAUCCAAGGGGACCCGUCGCAGCCGCCUCUGGCCAACGCCCCCGGCUCCGUCCCCACUGUGGAUCCCAAACUCUUCACAAGGCGCCACUACCGCUCGCCCAGGGUGCUCUUCAGCUCCCAGCCCCCCGAUGCGGCGCCGCCGGGGCCGCCCCGGGGUGCCGGCAGACGGGCCCGCCGGCGAGCGGAGCAGCCGCAGCACCGCGGCGUGUACUCGGUGUGCGAGAGCAUCAGCGUGUGGGUGGGGAACAAAACCAAGGCCACGGACAUCUCCGGCAACGAGGUGACGGUGCUGCCGGACGUCAACAUCAACAACGUCAACAAGAAGCAGUACUUCUUCGAGACGACGUGCCACAGUUCCCCCUCGGGAAGCUCGGGUUGUUUGGGAAUUGAUGCCAGACACUGGAACUCCUACUGCACCAACUCGCACACGUUUGUGCGGGCGCUAACUUCUUUCAGGAACCUGGUGGCGUGGAGGCUCAUACGCAUCAACGUGGCCUGUGUGUGCGUGCUCAGCCGGAAGUCGUGGCGCCAAUGAGGGCCUCACUUCACCUACACCUCUCCCAAAGGCUCAUACUGUUCGUGCACAGAUACUUGUGAACUGAUCUGCAUAAUAUAACACCAAAGACUUCUCACUCUCUGCACAAAGUAAAUUAUUGGAAUAUAAAAAUAUAUCAGGACUGCAUGUAUAUACACCAGAACUGGGUCAAAUAGUAUCUGCAGUUGGACUGUAGAGGUCUAAAUGACUAAAAAAAAAAAAGGUGUUCACAGUGAAGUUUACGGAGCAAAGCCUUACAUUUUACGUUCUACCGAAAAGUUAAUUAUAUUUGUGUAAAAUCUUCUUUUUCAGUUAAUCAAUUUUGGUGGGAAAGCUCAUCAGAAGGUCAUCUGUCUCUACUCGAAUGACCUCUGUAGCCCAGUCUUCAGCUGAUCUGAACCGUCUUUAACCAUUAGCAGCUCAGGAAAUAAUGUAGAAACAGUAUGAUGUGUGUUUUGUCAUGUUCAUGUUAACAAACAUUUAUAUAUUUUCCCCUUUUUGCAACUAAAUGUGGGACAGACAGUUAAUUCCUUUUAUAAAAUCAAACAAGUUGAAACAGUUUUACAUGUAAAUAAUUGUAAUUAUCUUCAUGAUUGUACGCCACUGACCUCUGCAUCAGGCUCAGUGUGAACCUCAGAUGUGACGACAUCUAGUGGCUUCUAAACAAUACUGUAACUGCGUUUAGGCUGAAUCACAUGUGAGGUCAGUUUAAACAGUAGCUUCACAGAAUUCAGCGUUUAAAAAACAUUAAAGCUUAAAACCAUAGACCACAACUAAACUAAAAAAACACAACAGAGUUUUAGCAAAACAGCCAAGAUGAAUGAAACAUUUUCUGCUUCUUUUCUUCUCAUGCAACCCACACGUAAAUACUGUUUGACCCAGGUCUGACAUAAGCAAAACUUUUUUUAAGAAUGUUGCUGUUUAUAUUGUUAUUUAUUAAACACCUACAUACAUGCAUUGUGUGUUUUAUAGAAUUUAAUGAAUCAAUGGCAACAUUUGUUGUCCCUCUGUGAAAGACUGAGUAAAAAUAACGUGAGAAUAAAACUAUUUUGGUCUAAAAGAAACAAUGAAAAGAAACCUUCAUUAUAAUCCCAGCAACUUGGUGUUUUUGGCUUUGCUGUGUGGGUUUAUCAUGACCUCCUGUUCCAUAGAGCGAAUUAAACCAAAAGGACACGCAUAUAAAUAACAUUCCCUAUGAUUCAUUAUUCGAACUGUGGCUGAUACAGUCACUGCUAUUACAUUACUAAUAUUUGUUUUGGCGGUGACAUUUAAUUUUUGUUGUCACAACAUAACAAAUUGUACCUACAGGCAAUUAGUUUCUUUUUUUUAGACCCAGUUUUGCAUCAGAGCUGACAUUUAGGGUCAUCUCUCAUUUUUCUAUUUGAUUUCUGUGGGCUUAGAAGUGGAAACUGACAAAGAGCAGCUGCUGAGAUGAUUCUUGAAAAUGAUAAUUGCAUUUUCGUCAACAAUAAAUUUGAGGAAGGGAAGAUUCAGUUUCCAAGUUAACUUCACUGAGCUGCAUCGAACACAAUCCAACGCUGCCCUCUAGCGGUGAGUGGCAGUAACCUCAGUCUUACCAAGAAAAUCUUGCAAAUUGCAACAAAUAACAAAUAAAACUUAAGUAAAAUAUUCAAAUUUUAAUUAAACACAAGUACAGGCACAAAGACAAUUAAUGGAUUACCCGAAACAAAAACUAAAUUGCUAGUUUAGCAGGUGGUUGAAUUUGCCACCUGCGCAUGCGUUGUGCUCUGUUCAAUGUUCAGCUUUUAUCGGAAAAAGGAAGACUUGUCAUAGACGCCUAAAGGUUUUGAUAGUUACGCGCCACGACGCAGCGCUAUAUAAACUCCUCUCAACCCGGGAACAAUAAUAGAACACUUACGGUUGAGUCUACACGGAGUUUCUGAGUUUGCACCACAGAUGUAUCAGUACUUUCACGCUAACUCGCGGUGGCUCUGGACAACUAGAGAUCCAAUGAACAGUCCCUUCACCGGCCAAUUAGUUCAGUGGAAAAUUUAGUCAUCAUAAAGUAAAGUGACAGAACAUAAUAAACAAACAUUGUAUAU